AUGAAGGAAAUGUCAGAAUUGCCUCAUAUACAUGAUUUGAUUACACGUGCAUCUAGGGUUACUGGAUUUGUUUAUAAUCAUAAGUGGCCUCUUAAUUGGUUGAGAAAUAGGCCCGGCUGGACAGAAAUUGUUCGUCCAGGUGAUACUUGUUUUGGUACCAGUUUCAUAGCAUUGAAGAGCCUAUGUGAUCACAAAGACCACUUGCAAGCUCUAGUUACGAGUUCAGGAUUUAAAAGAUUUUUGAAAGUAGCUAAAGCACAAGAAGUUAAACAAGUUGUUAUGGAUGAACAGUUUUGGAAUGAUUGUUUAAUUAUUUCCAAGAUUAUGGGUCCGAUUAUGAGAUUAUUGCGCAUUUGUGCUUCUGAUGAUAAACCUUCACUUGGUUUUGUGUAUGAGGGCAUGUGGAGAGUGAUCAAAGGAGUUAAAGAGUUGUUCAAAAAUAAGGAGAGGCUAUAUGGGAAGUAUGUUGGUAUAAUCGAAUCAAGGUGGGAUAGGAUGUUGAGAAAAAAUCUCCAUGCUGCUGCUUUCUACUUAAAUCCCGCUUAUCAAUAUGAUCCUGAAAUCCCUACUGAGACUGUAGAGGUGAUGAAAGGAUUACUUGAUGCCGCUGAGACUAUUCUUCCGGGUGUAGAUGGUUUGAUGGAUGAGAUAUAUACAUUUCGGGAUAAAAAGAAAGGUUUUGGAAGGAAAUUUGUUUUGGAUAACUCAAAAUUUUCUAGGCCUGAUGAAUGGUGGAGGUUUUGUGGUCAUGAUGCACCAAAUCUACGAAAGAUGGCUAUUAAACUUUUGAGCCAAACUUCUUUUUCUUCGGGAUGUGAGCAUAAUUGGAGUGUGUUUGAAAGAAUUCACGCAAAGGAAAGGAAUCGGUUGGAGCAUCAAAGACUAACUGAUCUUGUCUAUGUUCACUACAACUUGCGCUUACAAAACCGUCUUGGUUCAAAGAGAAGAUCGUAUGAUCCGAUUGAUUAUGAGUGUAUAGAUGAAGUAGAGUUUUGGGUGAUUGAUGAAAAUCCCGAGGAAGAGCUUGAUUAUGAGGAAUUGGAGGAAAUGUUAGAUGAAGAACAAGCAAAAGGUGAUGGAGAUGAUGUUAUGAUGAUUAAUGAUGAAGAAAUCGAUUUGUCAAAAUUUGGUGAUGGCGACUGUGACAGUACCAGUAGUAGUAGCUGCGAUGAGUUCAAUGGCGACUUGAGUCUCGUUAAUCUUCAAGUUGGAAAUGAAAGUGAUGGAGAUGAUUGCUAAUUAUUUUGCUUUCAGCUUGUUGUUAUGUAGUAGUACUACUUAUCUUGAUAAAAACCUAUGUUAACUAGUAUUUGACAGUUGAACUUGGUAAUCUUGUAGAC